AUGAUGCAUCGUCGGCCAGUCUGCAGGCUAUUGCGUCGGGCUGAAUGGUCGAAUUCAGUCUACCGAACACCCUCUUUAACAGCGCUUACAGUUCGACGGACCUUACGGUCCUCCGCAACACACUGGAACUCGUCAGACCCAUCAGCCGGGAAAGAUGACGGCGCUGUUUCAAAUCAAGCUCCGGCGAAGCCCAAGUUCGGCAGCCGAUGGGGCCCUAAACAAGCUACGCCAUCGGGGGGCUUGAGUUUCGCAGAACAAGCGAUGCGCCAAACCCUUGUCGCCAACAGCCAACCGCCCCCAGCACCUGCGCCAUUGCAGCGGAGUCGCGAACAGACAAACCAGCAGAGGAAACCAUUCGUGCGGCGCGCGGGCCCUCGGGAUAAUCAGGGAUACAUGGGAUCAAGAGAAACCCCACGGAAUCAGGAGAGGAACCCGUUUGAAGAAGGGAAUUCAGGUGGCCACAUGAGGUGGUCAAGAGAUACUCCACGGAAUCAGGGGAGGAGCUCGUCCUUCCAAGAAAGAAACCCGUUUGAAACAGACAACGCAGGAGGCUACUCAAGGUGGCCAAGAGGAACUUCGCGGAACGAGGAACGGAACUCUCCCACUCAAGAGAGAACCCCAUUUGAAAAAGAUAAUCCAAGUGGAUACAUGAGGCGAUCAAGAGAGCCCUCACGUUAUCAGGAGAGAAAUCAGUCUAUCCGAGAAUCCGCAUUUGAAGAUAACCCAUUUGCGCCCGAAAGGACACCAAACAGAUUCCAGGCCCAGUACCAGAGCAGGGCUACUAGGGACCAUCCACUGGCACACGAUGACUGGAAAUGCCCUGAGUGCAUGGCACAUGUUUUUGCCACAAAGAAAGUGUGUCCAUUCUGCAAAACCUCUCGACCCGGCGACGCCCAGCCAAAGCCCCGAACGACCAGACAGUUUAACGAUUCUCCCGGACCUUCACAAUUCAAACAGUCCCGACCCCCUUCUGAUUAUAAUAGGAAGUUCCAGCGAUUAGGGGAUUCGGUUUUAUCGGAGUUGGAACAAGACGUUCCGCCGAAUACAGCUGAAACCACAAAGCGCGAUUCAGAGCAAUCUGACCAACCCCAGACAAAGGAGGGAACUGAAGAUUUCAAGAAGAACCAGUGGACUUGGGAUAUGUCUGCGCUGGAGCAGCUGGAAAACCUAGAGGCACAAGAACAACAGCAGCCAUCGAAGCCUAUGAAGCGUCGUGAUGGACGCAAGGGACGCCAGAACGAGGAUUCUGAUGGGGCUGAGGCCGACUUCGACUCGGAAGAUCGCGAGCGCCUCCGCAGAGAGCGGAGACGCCUACAGAAAGAAAAGGAGGCCAUGAAGGCUGCGAAGAAGGCCGCCGCGCUGGCAGCACCGGCUCCCCUCUACCUGCCCGAAUUCAUCAGUGUCAGUAACUUGGCCGACGUCAUCGGCGUGCGGCCGGCGCAGUUUGUGCAGCGAAUGGAGGAGAUGGGUUUCGAGGAAAUCACGUAUAGGGAUGUUCUUGAUGCAGAAACUGCCGGAUUGGUGGCAGCUGAGUUCAACUAUGAGGCUAUCUUCGACAGCGGCAAGGCAGAUCUACACGCUGCCCCUGAACUAGAGGACACAUCUGAUCUGCCACCUCGACCACCUGUGGUUACUAUUAUGGGUCACGUUGAUCAUGGUAAAACUACAAUCCUGGAUUGGCUGCGCAAGUCAUCUGUGGCAGCAUCUGAACAUGGUGGUAUCACCCAGCACAUUGGUGCAUUCUCCGUAAUGAUGCCUUCUGGAAAAGCCAUUACCUUCCUUGAUACCCCCGGCCAUUCUGCAUUCUUGGAAAUGCGUCGUCGAGGUGCCGACGUGACUGAUAUUGUGGUACUUGUGGUUGCCGCAGACGACAGUGUCAAGCCGCAAACUAUCGAGGCUAUCAAGCACGCUACCCAAGCCAAGGUUCCUGUCAUUGUCGCCAUCAGCAAAAUUGACAAGGAGGGCAACAACCCUGACCGAGUCAAGGGUGACCUUUCUGUUCAUGGUAUCCAUGUGGAAGACUAUGGAGGUGACGUUCAGGCCAUCGGUGUCAGCGGCAAGACCGGACAAGGAAUGGUUGAACUGGAAGAAGCCAUCGUUGCGCUCUCAGAAAUGCUCGACCACCGCGCAUCCACCACUUGUAACGUCGAAGGCUGGGUCAUCGAGGCUUCUACAAAGAGUUAUGGCCGUGUAGCAUCCGCUCUCAUCCGACGUGGAACCCUGCGGCCAGGCGAUAUCAUUGUUGCUGGCACCGCGUGGGCUCGUGUCCGCACCCUCCGCAAUGAAGCCGGUAUGACCAUCCCCGAAGCCACACCUGGAAUGCCCGUCGAGAUCGAUGGUUGGAGAGAGCAGCCAGGUGCUGGCACCGAGCUCCUACAGGCACCCAACGAGCAGAAAGCCAAGGACGUCGUGGAUUACCGCUUGGAGAGAUCCGAUACCCAGAAGAUGGGUGUCGAUAUGGUUGCCAUCAAUGAAGCUCGUCGUGACCUUCUCGAGAAGCGCAGGCGCGAGAAAGAAGAGGAAGAAACAGUAAAGGAAGUCGAACCAACCGGUCCCAAGUCGGUCAAUUUCAUCCUGAAGGGCGAUGUGGACGGCUCAGUGGAGGCGGUCUUAAACUCCGUUGCGGCAGUCGGUAACAACGAAGUCUUUGCCAAUAUCAUCCGUUCGGGUGUUGGCCCUGUCAGUGAAUUCGAUAUCGAACAUGCUGGCAGUGCCAAGGGCAAGAUCAUCUCAUUCAACCAGGCCAUUGAUCCUAAUAUCAUGCGUAUCGCAGAGUCAGAGGGUGUUGAAAUUCUGGACCACAACAUCAUUUACAAACUGAUUGAUGACAUCAAGUCCAUUCUGAGUGAAAAGCUGCCUCCAACGAUCACUAUGCGUGUGACUGGAGAAGCCGAGAUCCAGCAGGUCUUCGAGAUCACUGUCAAGGGACGUGAAAAGACAGCCAUUGCUGGAAGUCGUGUGCGUAACGGCCUGAUCAACAAAACCCGUAAGGUCAGGGUGCUUCGCGGGGAUGAGAUAGUCUACGAUGGCACAAUGGUUUCGCUCAAGAACGUCAAGAAAGACGUCAUUGAAAUGCGCAAAGACACAGAAUGUGGUAUCGCUUUCGAAAACUGGACAGAUUUCGCUAUUGGUGACCACAUUCAGUGCUACGAAGAGAUCUCUGAGAAGCGCUAUCUGUGA